UUUAUACAUAUCGCAAAAACUCCACCUACUUACUACUAGGCAAAUCAACCUAACCUACCAGGUAGUGUAUAUAUUUCAUGACCACACCAACCACCACCCCGAAGCAAAUCCUCGCCACCGCCCUCCUCGCCCUCGUAAUCGCCAUCGCAGCCAUGGCCUUCACCAUGCCGACCUUCGCGUCGCGCCUCUUCCGCCCCUUCACAUCCGCCACCCGCCUCGGCAUAUCCCCCGACACCUCCGGCGGCAACAGCGCCGCAACCGCCAUCCCCGAAGGCGCCCAGAAAGCCACCCUUGCCGCCGGCUGCUUCUGGGGCGUCGAGCACCUGUACCGCAAGCACUUCGGCAACAAAGGGCUGUACGACGCGCGCGUGGGGUACACUGGCGGCGACGUGAACAGCCCCUCGUACCGAGCUGUGUGUACAGGGCAAACCGGACACGCCGAAAGCGUACAGCUGCACUUCGACCCCCAGCGCCUCACCUACCAGCAAAUCCUCGAGUUCUUCUACCAGCUGCACGACCCGACGACCGCGAACCGGCAGGGGCCGGACGUGGGCCCCCAGUACCGGAGCGCCAUCUACGUGCACGACGCCGAGCAGGAGCGCGUCGCGCGCGACGUCACCAAGCGCGCCUCCGAGCAGUGGUACAACGGAGGCAUUGUCACCGAGAUCGUGAAUGCGGGGCGAUGGUGGGACGCUGAGGAGUAUCACCAGCAGUAUCUGCACCAUAACCCGAGUGGCUACGAGUGUCCUACGCAUUUCCUGAGGAAGUUUCCGCCUUUGCAGUGAUGGAUGGGUGGAUUGAUUUGGCAUUCAAAAGGUGGCUGCUACCCUAUAUACGCUUGCUAGCACUUGUGGAGAGGAUGAGCUAGUGUGAUGUCUCGCAGCGUACAUGUAUACCUAGGUUAUAUCACGCCACGAGGACUCGGCAGUCAUUGCAACGACUAGUUACAGAACCUUCUGUCUGGAAAUCAGGGGUCCGGGGCUAGGUAGGGCCAGCCAUCCUCACGACUUUUGCUCGAUAUCUGUC